UGCCUGAUAAUCUGUGUGUCUGACCACUAGAAUUCCAACCAACAUUGUUUCAAGUUCUUCCGAUGCCUAAUGCGUCCGCGUCAUGGGGUCCUCGACGUAAGCGUUGCGUACGACUGCGAAUGCCGUAAGACUGGUUCUACUUCGUUCAGUACUGCUUUACACCACCCUGCGCGUAGUCUAAGACUGGAGAGUACCUUGCGGACGUACUCGAGGGGGGAUAGAAGGCGAUUCAUUACUUACCAGUACUUGUGGCCAGUGUGGCAGAUGCGUCGGCUGGUGCCGCGGGCCGGAGAGGGAGAUCUCAUCAUGAUCAGAGCCGCGAGCGUUCCCCAGAACGUCGUGGACACAAUGGCAACUGUGACAACCAACUCAUCUGACUCACCAUCCACGUCCACUGCCCGCCAUGGCCUCCAUUGACAACCAGCCUGCACACACCGACGAACAUGAAUUGGGGGAGCACUUCACACAGCACGAUGGCGAACCCGAGGGCGCGCAAGCUGCCGAAGCAAACAAACCCAAAACGUCGCCGCAUAUUCUAGACCUCGACCUGCCUCAAGCGGACUUCGACUUGACGUCUACAUUCGAGUCAAUCCUGUCCGAGCCGCAGUCGCGCGACGAGCCCGCCGAGGUACAGCUCGUGCAGAAGCGCGCGAGCAACGUCUUCAAGCUUACGCAGGAGAACGAGAAGCUGCAGGCUGAGCUGCGCGCCAUGACGGCGCGUCUGGAGGCAGCAGAGCGCAGGCAGCAGGAGCUCGCUCAGAGAGCCGCGGCUGCGCGCUCGCAGGAGAGGAGUCCCCCGCCGUCAUGACCACGCCCCAAAUGCUGGCCCCCCAUUCUUUGCCGCUGCGACAGCGCACUGAACCCACCGCCCCAUACCCCUAUCCGGUGUAUUCUCUCGGAUACCUUCUUGCUUCUCAGUGUGGUAUUGUACGUUAUGGAA